CAUACUCAUCUACAGAAUUUUCAAUCUCAAUCAAAACUAUUUGUUACUAUAUGAAGCACAACAAUUCCAUUAAUUUUUCUGACAUUUGAAAAAACAUAAAUUUAACCUUAUAUUAAAAAGAAUACAUCACGUGUCAAACUCCUAUAUACUUUUUAAAGGUAAGUGUAGCAGCUAUUACCCCAAAAAAAAUCUACAAUGGAAAUGCCAUUGCAGAAUCCACAUGAAACUUUUGAGGAAGAAGAAAAGGAGGCAAAGGUAGAUACUUCAUUUGAUCUGAAUGUUCCUAACAAUGAUUGUGAUCUUGGGUGCAAUUCAAUGUCAAAUUUAGUUACAUGUUUGGACAUAGAUAAUUCUUCUAAAACAUCCUCAGAAAAUUUCACUUGUGGCUCUGAAUCAACUUCAGAGCCACGUUUUUUCACUUGCAACUACUGCAAGAGAAAAUUCUUCAGUUCACAAGCACUUGGGGGACAUCAAAAUGCUCACAAGAGAGAGAGGUCAAUUGCAAAAAGAGGACGGAGGACGAUGUUCUCAGCAACAGGAACAACCUCAUUUCUUCAUAAUCAUCUUCACCACCGUUAUGCAAAUAUGGCAUCUCUACUACCACUCUAUGGUGCUAACAGUAAUAGUAUGAGACCACUUUCAAUCAAGGUGCACUCUAUUGUUCAAAAGCCAAUUCAUAAUUUUUCAUCCAAUGGCUUUGGAACUGAAAGCACUUAUUAUGGAUAUCAUGGUUGGUCAAGACCCCUUAUGAAUCAACAACCUGGAAGAGGAAAGCUGCUGAUGCAAACUUUGCAGGAAACAGGAUUAUUAUCACAAAGUAGUGUUGGUAGAUUCGAAGAGGUUAAAAAGGACAUGGUCAAUUCAGGAACUGGUUUGAACUAGAAGAUUAGUCAUCAACAAGAGGUGAAGCACCUUGACUUAUCCUUAAAGCUCUAAGCAUGUGCUCUUAUAAUAUAGAUUAGUCACAACUAGCUUCUUGAUUAAUAUAUAGCUAGUUAGCAUUUGGCAAAAUUUAUUUUCCAAUUGUUUGUAAUAACAUAUUGUGUAAACUUUUUUAAGGGAAGUUCAAGACUCUUAAUGAUCAGUUAAUGAACUCCCUUAUCCAAUUUUUUUUUUCUUUAGUAAAAAAUGUUGUUAUUUUUGAAUUGAUAAA